AUGUCUGAGGAGUUAGAUAAGCCUACUCUUGAAGAGUACUGUACCCAAUUCAAAGAAACAACAGAAGAUGUGUCUAAGGAAGAGGAGGAGGAGGAGUUUGAAUACGAUGAGUUUACACAGCUUCAGGUUCGAUUUCUGCAAAGGCUUGGAAGCAAAAGAAAAGACCUUGUGCUGCAAGAAGAGAACGUUGCAGUCCAAAACGAUGAGAGUGUGACGAUCAAUUCUUGGAUCACUACUUCUCCAUCUGCAAAUCCAGAGGUCACUUCUCCAUCAUUUCUUCAUCACCGUCGAGGCAGUAGACGAGCAUAG